GAAAGUUCCUGCUCCAGUGAACACUGACUCCAUAUCGCACCUAUUCCAGCUCCACUGGUUGCUUCUGAAGAAAACCUUCUUCAGAGAUGUCCACAGAAUAUGUCCAGCCACCACAUGAUAUCUCAGAAGACAGAUUGGAUGGACGAGAUAAUCGCUGUAACCACAUAGAUGAUCUUUCUGAACAGUUGCUGAAGAGCUGUGAACUCAAAAAGUUACCAAGAAAGGGGAAAACUCUGCAAGUGUCUCCAAAAAGUGAGCUGGAUCAAAAAAAACCAAAGAGGAAGGAUACACCAGCAAUACAUACCCCACCACCAAUAGCAGGCAUUCUUUCAGACCAUUUAAUUGGGAGGUGUGACCUCUCUGAGAAGCCACCAAAGAGCCAUACCACUCUAGCAUGUCAAAACACAGAACAGGAACAGAAAAGGCCCAGAAGAAAAAAUACACCGGCGAUAAAUACACCACCUCUGCUUGCAGGUAUUAAACUACUUAAAGAAGAGAAGCAGACUGUGAUUGCUGAGGAUGAAGAAAAGGAAACUGAAACAUCACCUUUUUAGCUUCUUGUUGUAUUGCCAAGUUUUUGUAAAUACUGGUAUGAGAGUCAGUAGUCAACAUUUCUAAAGCUGUUUCCAUAAUAAUAAUAAUAAUAAUAAUAUCAGAAAUAUAUCCCCUAUUGUCUUUAUACACACAGUGGCCUAAAUCCCAUUAGUCCUGACUAGAUUAGACAGUCAGUCAGUGGGUUUCAUCUGUGUCAAUUCAUAUACAGCAAGUGAAUCAAUGGCUCUACUUUAAUUGAUGUUAACCAGUAGAAUCCAGACCAAUACAUUAGAAAUUUGGGGUGCUGUUGACAUGGGCCUAAAGGCUCAUAUCACUCCCAGCCUCGUGUUGUUCUGUUUGGAUGACAGAGACCAUUAGCCCUGGCCUGGGAUCAAUCCAGGAUCCAGAAGAUGUGGGUCCAGUGGAUCUGGCCCAGUUCCAGGUCAACGAGGCCUUAGCACAGGCCAAAAUGACCUGCUGGUUGCUGUGGAGUUUCUCCAAAACUACAUGGCAAACCCUGGCAGAUCAGACAGCCCUACACACCUCAUACCUCCCUUUGCCGCUCGUGAGAUCUCCGUCUCCAUGUCUGAUGUAGAAACAGGGUGCCUGGCUACAUUGGUGCAGCUUCUCACUAGCAGCAAUGGCAGAGAAAGGUAAGGAGUCCAUGGUGCAUGUACGGGAGGGCAUGUAAACACCAGCUCAUCUCCACGCCAGCCAGGUGGAAAAUCCUGGUUGGGACUCAGGCCAGUAUAUCAUGGGCUUGGCCCUGUUAGCUCAGGGUCAUGCAUUACACCUGCAGUUGUAAUUUUUGGUCAUUUGGAUAUACAGUAUGCAGGUCAUGGCUGCAUGAACAGAGUUCUGCAACUGUAAGUAUUUCACACAGAGUCGAACAUUCUUGGAUAGUACGUAACUAUUUGUCAGUGCCUUCAGUGUAUCAUUUGAUUCACUGGGAUUACCAAAACAGCCAUUACACAUUCUCCACUGCACAAUGGGAUAAUAAGCAAGCACAUUGACAGAUCAGUUCCAAAAAUGUAGGUAUUCAGAUGAAAGGUGGAAUAGCCAAUGCAUCUUAUGCAUUUUAGUUUGUUGCUGUAAUCAGAGGAGAGGCAAAACCUACUGGCCAGACAGACAUAUAUGUCUUAUGAGUAUUCUCCCUGUACUCUGACAGAACAUCCCAUGAAAUAUAGUAGUAUCUUAUCACUAUUUGCCACCUGAGUCUUUUAUAUCUACAAUAUUUUGUGUCUACUGUGCUGCUUGUUGGGACUUGCUCUGUAUGGAGGUCAUUUUAUAUUUGAAACCAAAAGAAAUUCUGAACAUACUGUAACAUUGAGCCUAAUAUAAUAACUUUAUUACAGCCAUUUGGCCAGCACAAUUGAGCCUAAGUAUUUCUCCAUAACUUCUUUGUCCUCUCCUUGUCUUUACUUACCUUGCACUCAAUGGUGCCUUGUAUUCUGGUGGUUUCCAUCCACCAAAAUCAAAAAGAACAAACUAACCAACAGUCACUCAGUGAAGCAGAAGUAUUUCAGACCAGAGUUGAAUUCUGGUAAGUAGAGACCAAUCUGUGGUUCAGCAUCCAUCACACACAUCCAUAAACAUAGACUAUUUUUCAUAAAUCUACAGGGUUAUAUAAAUAAAGCAUAAUAAUAAUAAUAAUAAUAAUAAUAAUAAUAAUAAUAAUGUAGACCCCAUUUUUAUUCUGGACCACUCACAAGACAUUUUUCCCACCAACCCUCAUCCCAUCCAGCUUUCUAACGCCACCUGAACAUUACCCACGCCUUCCCUUUCUGCCAGUAGUAUGCAAGGUGUCCCAUCAUGAGUCUAGUACAAGAUUCAUCCCUUUCUUGUUAUUUCCAGUUAGAUAUUUUUCAUUUCCUUGAAGUAAUUCUAUAAUAAUAAUUAUGCACAUUGCUCUUCUUGCUUGAUUAUCACCUGGGAUUACUAAAUAUUUGAAAAUGCACUUCUGAAUCUGCUGUCAUGGAGCACUCUUAUCAUCAGGUUAUCAUUUAACCAUCGGGAGCAACCUGGCAGCUGUUAAUUUUGAUUUCUGUUGCUUAAAACUAAGCCAGUAUGCUCUUCAUAUCUUAGUGAGGAAGGCACCUCUAUAGACUAUUUAAAAUGAGGCUAUGCCAUUGCAAACUGCUGUUAAUAAGUGAUGAGUCCACAAUUGUUAAUGUUAAUCCAAGUAUUUCAGUUGUAGUAUGAAGUUUAUUAUCUUCAUUUGUACAAGUGAUUUGGUUGCAUUUUCCUCAUUAUCAAAUGUAGAUUUAAUGUAGCACUUGGAAUUAGAAUUUGAUGAGUGCAAUCCAUCUUUGCAACUUUCAAAUUAGAAAACGCAGUGCCAUCUGUAUAGAGACUGCCUGGCAGUGAAACGUCUGUAGGGUGUGUAGUUUUAUGUACUAUGUAAUCUAAUAAGGAUACAGUAGAAUAUGAUUUAUUUGGAUAGACAAUUCUUUCAUAAUCUUUGACCUAUUUUUUUGGAGGAGCAGAAAACUGCUUUACUUUUUAACGUCUGUUUGUUUUCAGCUUAGGUUCAGUGCAUACAUCAAGCUGGAAUUGUUUGGUCACUGUCUUCCAGUGAUGUCAAACACUAUGAAAUUCUGACAUUAUGUACUGUCUUAUUCACUGCAUUAGUUUGCAUGGCGUACUGCUUGAAGUGUGGAAAUGUCAUGACUAUCAUAUUGUGCAUCAUUAUUUAUUACAUACGAAAAUACCCACAAGAGAAGUUUUGUUAAUAGCACCUAAGGGUGCAACGUCCAUGUUCCUGUUUUUAGCAAUGUUAUGUCCUACUUGUUAAGGGCCUAUGUGAUCUCAUUUACCAAAAGUAUAGGGAAUCAUGCCCAUUCUAGCAAGAACAUUCAGCUUAGUGGUUCAGACCAGAGCUUAGAACUAACUAGUUACAAAGAGCUAGUUGUCUAUAAUUUAUUCAUUUCCUCAAAGGCAGAAUUACAUUACAGCUGUAACUUAACAAGGUAUAACUUCACUCAUUUUCAAUGUAAUUAUAACUUUUAGUUACUUUUGUAGCUACAGAAGUGUGGCCUUACUAAAUGACAGAAGAGGAAUAGCACAUGAUUUAAAUGUUGUCUUGUGUUGCUCAGGUGUGAAUGCAAAUUGUGUGUGACAAGGAGGUAGGUGGGAGGAGAGUGUAACAUUACAGGUAGGUUGUAACAUUCAGAAUAUUUUUCUUAAGUGACAAUAGUAACAUUUAGUGACACAAAUGUGACAGUAAGGCCUUGCCUUUUAAAAACUGUACAAAUGUCACUGAAGUCCACUUUAAUUUCUACCCUUUUGAUAUAAUAUAUUUUUAAAAAUUAGUUUGGAGUUGUCAUCAGCGAAUGCAAUUAAAUUUAAAAUAUAUGGGCAAAAUAUAAAGAAGUUAUUUACUGUUUGCAUAUUGUAAAAUACAUCUUCUCUCAACACACAACCAGCAUAUGAAUGAUGUUAUAACUGGAUAUGAAAACAUAGCCACAGAUAUUUAUAUGUGGCUUCCUAAUUUUCCAUUUCAGAUAUUUAAAAAAACCUGAAAUGCAACAGAAAAGGGGGUAGCUACUGAACCAGAAAAAAAACAACCAAUCUCACUGUGUCAGUAAAGUUAGUUUUUCUGUUCUUUCUUCCUUGUCAGUGUAGCAAAGAGUGUGCUAUUUGGAUUUUGGUACUUCAAGUUGGUUUCUUAAACACACACACACAAUACUGUAGAAUACAAAUACGUUGUAGAGCAGAGGCUAUGUUUGUUUUAUGCUCAGAAUUCCAGUAUUUAAAACAGUUAAUCAA